AUGUAUUUGUUCUUAAUCUCUAUUUGUGGCAAAUUGGAAGCUGCUCAUAUUGUGAAAAAGUUUGAAGUUCAAGUGAAUAAGAAGGUUGAGCAAUUCCUGGGUUUGCUGAAAAAGUUUUGUCCAUUGAGUUUUGAUCCAAAAAAUCCUGGCAAGGUGAAAUUCAUAAAGAAAUUUCAAACCACUGAUCUGCUUGUAGAACUUCCAAUUGAGCAUCAAAUUCAGGAAUUGAUUAAUGCUGCAGGCUCAGAGGGCAUCAUUAUGUCUAAUGUUUCGAAGAGGCUUGGAAUUGGCAGGAAAGAGAGUGAUAAGCUGAUUGAAAGUAUGUGCUCUAGGUUUGGGAUGAUUAAGAAGAAAGAAAAAAACAAAAAAAUCCAAGAAUAUCGGGUUUGGGCACCGGGGAAAUGCAACUCUGAAUCAGCCAAUGCAUUCCUUAAUAAAUCAGAAAAUCUUAAUCAAAAUCAAACUCUUUCCACAUGUGACUCUUCAACUUUGACAGAAACGGAAACAAAUGACGCCUCAUCAGAAAGACCACCUGCUGUGUUAAAGCCAUGUAGACCAUGUCUGUCUUUGACAGUGGAUGGUUCCAUAAGGGAAGAAAGGAUACUUGAACAGUUACAGGAUAAAGGGGAUGGAGUUCAAUCUCAAAAAAGUAAACAUGCUUCCCUGAAAAGGAAGAGAACUUCUGAAGCAAGGUCAGUAGAGUUCACAGAAGUUGACGAGGUAACUAGACGGUUGAAAGAGCAGAGACUUGCUACAUUACCUGUUACUGAGAAACAAUUAAUGGAAGAACGAAAUCUCUUGGUCACUUCUGGCGAGCAUGACUCACAUUUGCAUGCAUUCCAGAGGGAUGGUGAUCAAGAAAUUGAGCAGGAACCUGAACCAAAUGAAUAUGGUGAGGGGUGUUAUUCAAUCUUAAGCAAGUGUGCUUUUUCAAAGUUGAAGCCGACACGACAAAGCAGGUUUUCAUGGACUGAGGAGGCUGACAGGCAAUUGGUUAUCCAAUAUGCAAGACGCUGUGCAACUCUUGGGGCAAAAUAUCAUCACCAGAUAAGUUGGGCUUCACUUCCUGACCUUCCAGCACCUCCUAGUACCUGCAAAAGAAGAAUGUCAUAUCUGAAGAAUAGUAAUGGAAAACUUAGAAAAUCUCUAAUGAUGCUCUGUAACAUGCUCAGUAAGCGAUAUGCAAAGCUCCUGGAAAAAACCAAGAACAGGUCACUAAACAAAGAUGAGUGCAGAAAACUUUUGCAAGGUUCAACAGGAGAAGACUAUAACAUGAAUUUUCCCAACAUCAGUGGCCAUAAUCAAGGGAGGAGUCUUCAGGAAGAACCAUGGGAUGAUUUUGAUGACAAUGAUAUUAAAAAAUCCCUGGAUGAGAUACUUCACUACCAGAGGAUGACUAGAUUGGAUGCCACCAAAAGAUAUGGAUCUACCUGUGAGGAGGGGUCAGAUCUUAAUACAAAUGCUGAAGAAGAUGACCCCAAGGAAUCUGAAUUAAUUGUAUCAACUGUUCCAUAUGAGGAUAUUCAGAAUCAUAGUAGAGGCGUUUCUGCACAAAGACCAAGUUGUCAACAACUUCAUAACAACUUCUUUAAACUUUUGCAUGAAGGAGUUGUUAGUACACCAGCGUACAAAUCUUUGGCUGUAGAGCUGUUUAAGCUUGUCGUCUUGAAUACCACAACAGCACCAGCAGAACAAAACCUGGUUGCAGAAAUUCGACGGCGUUACUCAAAGUGUGAUCUUUAUGCAGCUCUGAACUACCUAAGAGAUAACAAAAUUUUGAUUGGGGGUACUGACAGUCAACCUUUAUCUCUCUCGCCUCAGUUUUUUCCUAAUAUUUUCAAGUCACCAUUUCCAAUUGAUUCUGGAAAGAGAGCUGCCAAACUUUCUCGUUGGCUCCAUGAAAGGGAUAAAGAUCUUAUGGAAGGGGGGAUUGAUCUCUCUGCAGAUUUAGAAUGUGGGGACUUAUUUCAUUUGUUUGCUCUAGUUUCUUCAGGUCAGCUAUCAAUUUCCCCAUGCUUGCCUGAUGAAGGAGUGGGAGAGGCUGAAGAUUUGAGAAGCUCAAAACGCAAAAUUGAAAGCAAUGAAUAUUUGAACACUAAAAAACUAAAAUCCUUGGUAUCCGAAAGUGAAAUGAUUUCCCGUCGAGAGAAAGGUUUCCCAGGUAUCAUGGUAUCUGUAUAUCGUGCAGAAUCUUCUGCAUCCAAUUGUGUAGAUUUUUUCAAAGAUGAUGACACUUCAAGUGGUGAAAAACAUUUUGGUGGAAAUGAUCGACUAGACAGCACUUCAGUGAUCCCCCAUGCAGGAGAUUGUGAUUCUGGUGGUGCUCAUUCACAGAGGGAAACAAAUAUGAAUGUUAAUGAUGUGCAUAAAGUGACCAUUCUUAGUUCCCCUGAAAAGGUCGCUGAGCGCUCGUAUGAAAAACAAACUUGCAGUGUGCCUGAAGGUUGCAUGGAAGUUGUUUCAGCUAGAGGACAUGGUGACAACGAAUCUUCUAAAUUCACUUGUGGUAAAUUAUGUGUGCCAAUACUGCCAUGGAUAAACGGUGAUGGGACCACUAACAAGAUUAUCUACAAGGGACUCAGACGGCAUCUUCUUGGGACUGUGAUGCAAAAUCCAGGGAUAUUAGAGGAUGAAAUUAUGGGGAAGAUGGAUGUACUGAAUGCGCAGACUUGCAGAAAAUUGUUGGAGUUGAUGGUUCUGGACAAGCAUGUUCUUGUGAGGAAGAUGCGUCAAAAUGUAUACAGUGGCCUCCCGGCAAUUCUAAGGACCCUUCCUGAAAGCAGUUUCCCCCCACAAAAAUUGGUUUUCCGUGAGCAUUUCUUUGCAAAUUCCAUGAGCUCGUCCUUGCUCUAGAGACGUUCUAGCUUUGUUGGAGAAUAGAAUUAUACCGUAUGGAUGGGCCAUUGAUAAUCAACCACCACCAACAAUGGGCACCCAUUGCUUUUUAUCCAUUGUUAUUUAUUGUA